GCGCGAAGCAGGAAGCGGGAGCUGCGGCCGGCAGUCUCGGCUGCUUCGGAAGAGCGGCCUCCUGCGUGCGAGCUGGCGUUGCUGAGAGCGCACUCUCUCGCGCUGCAUAUGUGGUCCAAUUCCAAGAACACAGGAGGAAAAGAAGAGGUUUAUUCUUAUUCGGAGUAACAAUUUUGCUAACAGUUAGAGCGAGUGAGGGAAAAAUGGAUAAUCUUCGAUUGAGAUGAAGUGACACCACUGACAGUCGAAUACAAACACCUGUUUCUAGUCAACAUGAAACGUGCUUGAGGAAGUGGCUCUUUUCAAGUACAAAUUUUAUAAAACAAUUUCAUGCCAUCGUUCACGGACUAACUUCGUGUGGCUUCGUUAACUCAUACAAAGGAAUAUUUAAAAAAAAAAGAAAAAUGAUGAAAUAAAGUUAAAUCAAGUUAGCGCCGCCAUAUAGCAAAGUAAAGCAUAGUUUGCUCCUCCUCCCCGCGUGGCCGCCGACCCAGCGUCCUACAUGCCUGAGGUUCCUACCGGCUCGCUCCUCUCGCCAUGGACUGGACCAGUUCGCGCAACGCCACCGCUCAGUCAGCGUGGGAUCCUCAUACCUUCACCGCUGACGCCAACGCUUCGCAGGCUUUCACGAGCGCCUUCGAGGACUACGGCAUGAUCAGCGACGUCGGGCCGAGCGUCGGCUCCGACUUCUACGACGGCGGGGCGUCCGCGGCGGGCGUGGGCAACUCCAGCGCGGACGACGUGGGCGCGUCCCGAGACGAGGCGCUGGUCGUGUGGGAGAUCAUCACGCUGGUCCUGAUCUUCACCCUGACCGUGUUCGGCAACGUGGUGGUGCUGUUCAUGCUGCUGGUGCGGCGCAAGAAGCUCACCCGGAUGUGCUACUUCAUCCUGAGCCUGUGCAUGUCCGACCUCAUCACGGCCUUCCUGAACGUGCUGCCGCAGCUCAUCUGGGAGGUCACCUACAGGUUCCACGGCGGCGGGUUCCUGUGCAAGGCGGUCAAGUUCGGCCAGCUGCUCGGGCCUUACCUGAACUCGUACCUGCUGGUGAUGACGGCGCUCGACCGCUACCAGGUCAUCUGCUACCCGCUGUCGAACUGCUCGUGGACGCCCCGCAGCUCCAAGAACAUGAUCUUCGUGGCGUGGGUGCUGGCGCUCGGCUCCUGCACGCCGCAGGUCUUCAUCUUCAGCUACCAGGAGGUGGCCGCCGGGACGUGGGACUGCUGGGCUUCCUUCAUACCGCCGUGGGGCACGAAGGCCUACGUCACGUGGUAUGCUCUCUCCGUCUUCAUAGUGCCUCUCUUCAUCCUCAUUUUCGUGUACUCCUGCAUCUGCCGGACGCUGUGGGUGAACUCUAAGCUCAAGCAGAUGGACGACCACACGCGGCGGAGGCGCAACACGCGGCGGCCGCGCCUCCUGGUCCACCUGCGGCCGCAGAAGCACCGUAGCGACGGCGAGGUGUCCACCUGCCUCCACGAGCCGUCGCUGCAGAGGGAGGAGCUCUCCGCGCCGAGCAGCGCCUCGGCCCACACCAGCCCCGGCGUCGGCCACAAGACGUCGACCUCGCUGGCCAACGGCGCGGGCAGCGGCGUGACGGCGCAGAACAUCCGCCAGCAUCCGUGGAACCCGCGCUCGCACUCCGUCAAGAGCAUCAGCCGCGCCAAGAUCAAGACCGUCAAGCUGACAGUCACUGUCAUCCUCUGCUACGUCAGCUGCUCGGCGCCCUUCAUCUCCGUCCAGCUGUGGCACGUGUGGGACCCCAACGCGCCCUCGUCGCCUUUCUACAAUGGCGCGGCGUUCACCAUCCUCACUCUUCUGGCGUCGCUCAACAGCGUGGUGAACCCGUGGAUCUUCCUGGGCUUCAACGAGAACCUGACGCAGCUCCUUCGGUCUCUGUGCGCGUGUCGCCUACCCUCCCGGUGGGGGCGCUGGCGAUCCCCGACCUUCAGGAGCUCGGACAGCACCAAGAACUUCCGCCUCACUGUCUUCACGACCACCGAGGGGGACAACCUGACUUUGAGACGACCCUCGGUCAGCAACAGACUCACGACCACUUCCAAUUAGCGAACUCGUGUCGUGUCAUGCGCCAUGCUCAGUUGGUGCAUAAGCAUGUUGAUUAUUAACUUUUGUUAGGUGUUCUGUUGACUCGCUGCCUGGAUGACAUGCAAGAGUAAGUGGCAGAAGCGAUUUGCUCAUUGAUUUACCUUUACUUUCAAAAGCACAAAUAUAGUAAAAGGAAGGAUUCAACUAUGAAAUAUUCCGUGUGUACUUUGCAGUUCUUUAGUUCUGUGAUAUGAUUUUGUUUCUUUAAUAUGUAUUUGCACAACGGCAUUGGCAAUGCGUGC